AUGGCGGCGCGCCCCAGCUAUGCAUCUGUGGCCACCGGCUCCGCCAAAAGCACCUCGUCGAAAGGAACCCGGCGAGGCCAAGAGAAGCUGGGGUGCAAGGCGGCCCCGGCAAAUGCAGCAGGCGCACCCCCAGCCGCAACUGACAUGGCGCCGUCCAGUCACACUUCUGAGCAGCAGUCGCAGGCCACCAGCCUGAGGCUCCUACUGCGGGCCGUUGCUGACCUACUGCCAGCCGACAAGUUGCGCUCAAUCUGCCUCCAAACAGCUGGGAACCACCGCCGCCGGCCGAGCGUGCUUCAGUGGAACGCGCACUCGUUGCGGCGGCGACAAGCAGACCUCUCCUUGCACCUCCUGCAGAGCGACUACGACGUACUUGCUUUGCAGGAGGUGUACGCGACUGGAGAGGAUUUGCGUCUACCUGGCUACGUGGGCUACAGCAGCCGCACUUCGUGCACGCUGCAACCCUGUGUGGCGACCCCAUGUCUCAACAAAGAACAUCCACAGGGACUUCCCCGCUGUGCGGUGUACGUGCGGGCGGGUGUGCUGCAAGCUGAGGUCGAUGUGGCGGAUCUGACUGGAGGACCGCUCGAAUGCUGUGUUAUUCGUGUGCGUCUUGGAGGCGUUGACACCACUGUGGCCAGCGUGUAUAUCCGACCGUGCCGGCCCCGGGAUCCCUCCUCCCUGCUGCAGCUAGCCCGACGUCUCGGCAGAUACUUCGUCCUCUGCGGAGACAUCAAUGCUCACCAAACCAUCUGGGGCAGUCGCCGCUUCUGCGGGCGAGGUAGCAGCGUUGUGGACGUUGUUAACCAGCUCGGUCGGAACGUUCUAAACACCGGGGCUCCCAGUUUUGUCCGGCGGACAUCCCGUGCCAUCAGCACGGCAAUUGACGUGAGCCUGGCCACUGAGGGCUGCCGAUACACUUGGACACCGCAACUGGACACCUGGGGGUCCGACCACUUCCCUAUCGUGCUGGCCCCGUUCAGGGGCAAGACACCCAGGACGCGCGUGUACGCCACUGUCGAUUGGAGUGCUUUCCGUAAGCUGUGCCAGCAGGGCACCAGUACCACGGACUUCCUGCAGCUCGUUGCGGACAGCGGGCGGGCAGCCACAGUCUGGUGCUCUCAGCAGCCAUUUCCCCAGGGCAUCUCCGCAUCUACUCUGGCGGAGUUACUAGCCGACCGGUUUACCGCCCGGCCCCUGGUACAGCGGGUCCUGCCUCCGCCAGCUACUGGGCCUCGGUACCUUCCCCCCACCUGUCACCAUCCGGAAUGGGUGCUCGAGCAGAUUAAUGCUUUUUGCUGCGAGCGCAUCCGGGUGCAUGAGCUGAAGGCCGCCCUAGGACAAAGCAAGCGACAGAGCGCUCCAGGUGCGGAUGGAAUCACGUUCCAGAUGCUUCGGAACCUGCAAGAUGCAGAGCAAGACUGUCUCCUGGAGUACUUCAACACCAUUUGGAGCACUGGGGCUCUGCCAGACAGCUGGGUCACCGCGGUGGUGGCGCCAGCCCUUAAGCCACGGAAACCUGCGGCGGCACCCUCCUCGUACAGGCCGGUGUCUCUCACCUCUGCUGCCUGUAAGGUGAUGGAGAUGAUUGUCCUGGCACGCAUAGAGUGGAUCGCCGCGCAGGUGCACUACUUCCCGGAGCGGCAGACCGGCUUCAGGCGCCACCGCUGCACUGCCGACUCCAUCGCCGAUGUCGUGGCCACACUGGAGUAUGCAAAGAACAGUGGUGACGUGGCUCUUCUCGUGCUGCUUGACGUGCAGAGCGCCUUUGACAGCCUGCCCAACGAGGUCAUCGAGGGCUCCUUAGAUAUCCUCGGGAUCACUGGCAGCCUCAGGCGCUUUGUCUCUGCCUUUCUUGCGGGAAGAACGCUCCGAGUACGAGUGGGCCAGGCGCUCAGCACUCCUCGAGUCAUCGCCACCGGCGUGCCGCAGGGAUCGGUGCUGACCCCGUUUCUGUUCAACGCAGCCCUGGCAGGUCUGCCAGCCGCAUUACCGGCAGACACCCGGUACCACCCACAGUGCUCCAUCUACGCUGAUGGUGUGGCGCUCUGGGUCCGGGGACCAAGGCGGUGCCUUCCAGCGGUCCGGAGAUCACUGCAGGGGGCCCUGGACGCAGUGACAACAUUCCUCGGGAGCAUCGGCUUAACCGUCUCUCCUGCAAAGACGGAGGCCCUACUGAUACACCCGAGGGCUGCUUCCCGCCUCAGCGUUCACCAGUUCAGAAUCUGCACCGACCCCCUUCCGUGGAAGCAGACAGGCACGUACCCCUCACCAUAG